AAACAUGAUGAAAUGAGUUAACCUUCUCCACUGGGAUACAUGAUUUGAAGCCAAGUUAUCUAUGUUAAGCUACUUUUGUUGGCUCAAGCUUGAUCAUUCUAAAUCCUCCAUGCAACUCACUGACACAACCCAACCAAAUUGAACCAUCUCAAAUUAGAUUCAUAUAUUUAUUUAUCCAAUCAAUGAGUUAUAUAUCUAUAUUUUUAAUUAUCCAAUCUAUGAGUUAUAUAUCAAAUUAGAUAUGCCAAAUUCAUUCUCACAUAGGCAGUUCAUAGGGUUUUUGUGAGAUCUAAAUAAGGAAGAGAUAAUGAUUCUCUUCAUCCCUACCAAGAGAACUUUCUUGUCAGGUUUAUCUCUAAACAACAGAAAUAUUUCUUUUACCCAAUGAAAUGGUUUGCUCCAUCACAUAGGAGUUCCAAACACUUCGCACUCUGUGCUAUAAACCCGAAACACGGGAAAACAGAGCACCGCAAUCCAGGCUUCUCUCCAAGAGAUCCAAGCAGAGGGAGGGAGGGAGGGAAAGAGAUGGAAAUGGCGGGGCGGAACUCCACGCUGCUGCUGCUUUUUGCCUUCGUCUUCUUCAUCCUUCUGCUGCAAAGACCAGUUUUUGCUACCAAAGAGGCUUAUGUGGUGUACCUCGGAGAGCACUCGCGUGACCCCGAUUUGUCUCCCUGGGAAGCUUCCAUGAGAGCAACAGAGUCCCACCAUGAGCUGUUGGCUUCGGUGCUGAAGGACAAGGAGAAGGUGGAAGAUGCAAUCUUUUACUCUUACACCCACAACAUCAAUGGCUUUGCGGCCUACCUCGAGGAGGAAGACGCAAUGGAGAUAUCGAAGUACCCAGGAGUCGUAUCAGUGUUUCCCAACAGAGGCUACAGUCUUCAUACCACUCGUUCAUGGGAAUUCCUUGGCCUCGAGAGGAACAGCGAAACACAUUCAGCGUGGAAUAAGGCUCGAUUUGGAGAAGACGUAAUCAUUGCAAACCUUGAUUCUGGUGUGUGGCCUGAGCACCAGAGCUUUAAGGAUGAUGGUUAUGGAGCAGUUCCGUCGAGGUGGAGAGGAAUCUGUCAACAAGACAGUGACCAAAGCUUCUCCUGCAACAGGAAGCUGAUCGGUGCUCGGUACUUCAACAAGGCGUACGGAGCCGCCGCUGGCCCCCUCAACGCCACCUUUUACUCUCCGCGAGACUACGACGGGCACGGCAGCCACACUCUCUCCACCGCCGCCGGCAACUUCGUGCCCGGCGCCAGCAUCCUCGGCCACGCCAACGGCACCGCCAAGGGCGGCUCGCCUCGCGCCCGCGUCGCCGCCUACAAGGUCUGCUGGCCGCGGAUCUUCCGAGGCGAGUGCUUCGACGCCGACAUCCUGGCUGCCUUCGACGCAGCGAUCCACGACGGCGUCGACGUCCUCUCCCUCUCCCUUGGCGGCCGUCCCUCCGCCUACUUCGAGAAUUCGCUAGACAUCGGGGCGUUCCACGCCGUGAAGAAGGGUAUCACCGUCGUCUGCUCCGCCGGCAACUCGGGCCCCAAUAACUCCACGGUCACGAACGUAGCGCCAUGGAUUCUCACCGUAGGCGCAAGCACUUUGGAUCGGGAUUUCCCCGCCGAUGUCGUCUUCGGCAACAAGAGAGUCACGGGAAAGAGUCUCUCCGAGGCAUUGACAGGCAAAAAGCUCUACCCACUCAUCAACUCCAAAGAAGCCAAUCAUGGCAAUGCAUCGAAGGAGAAGGCUGAGUUGUGCCUUCCGGGAUCGCUGGACCCGGCAAAGGUGAAAGGCAAGAUCGUCGUGUGCCUCCGCGGCAGCUCUGCAAGAGAAGCCAAGGGAGAGACCGUUCGUGAAGCUGGCGGAGUUGGGAUGGUUCUCGCAAACUCUGGUAGCUUUGGGAACGAGAUCAUAGCUGAUGUACAUGUCCUCCCGGCAACUCACAUCACCUUCUCCGAUGGCCUCGCCCUCUACUCUUACCUCAACUCCACCAAGUCGCCGCUCGGUUACAUUGCGGUCCACAUGACGAAGCUUGGAGCGGAACCGGCGCCGGCCAUGGCCUCUUUCUCCUCUAGAGGACCAAACACCAUCACCCCCGGCAUCCUCAAGCCUGACAUUACUGCACCGGGCGUCGAUGUUCUUGCUGCCUCCACCGGAGACGUUUCGCCAACAGAACUGGAUUUCGAUCGCCGGCGGGUGGCGUUCAUGUUGAAAUCUGGCACCUCCAUGUCAUGCCCUCACAUAUCAGGAGUCGUAGGUCUCCUCAAAGCUCUCCACCCCGGUUGGAGCCCUGCUGCAAUCAAGUCCGCGAUCAUGACGACCGCGAGAGUUUGGGACAACGAGAAGCUGCCAUUGUUGGACGAGGCGACCUUCCUCGACGCCUCGCCGUUCAACUACGGCUCCGGCCACGUUCGACCAAACCGCGCCAUGGAUCCCGGCCUAGUUUACGAUCUAACGACGACGGAUUACUUGAACUUUCUGUGCGGCCUCGGCUACAACUCCACUCAGCUGGCAAAGUUCCGCUCCUACUCGUGCCCAUCGAAGCCUCCUCACAUCAAGGAUCUCAACUAUCCUUCCAUCACCAUCCCUGAUCUGUCGUCCUCCACCAAGGUGACUCGUGUGGUGAAGAACGUGGGAUCACCAGGCACGUAUGCUGUCCGCGUGAUCGAACCAAGAGGGAUUUCAGUGACUGUAAGCCCCACCAAUCUCACAUUUGACGAGGUUGGGGAGGAGAAGAAGUUUGAAGUCACGUUGAAGAAGAUUAAGGAGGGGGAAUCAUCUGCAGAGUAUGUGUUCGGUAGAUUGGUAUGGACUGAUAGGAAACACUAUGUUAGAACUCCACUGGUGGUGAAGUCUACCUCAUAAAAGCCACUAUUUUUUAUUUGAUUAAUAUGUAUGAAAUAA